AAACAAGCAGACCAAAAAGUUUCAUCUCCCGCAACAAUUCAAUUUUUGCUCUACCUUCGUCCAAGUAAUAGACAGAUAGAUGGACGAAGAAGAAAGGCUUUUUAAUGCGGCGAAGUCAUGUCUGGAAUCUGUGCUGGAGGAAGGGCAGAAGAUGUCUAAUGUUGACAUAGAAUUUAUGUUAGCAACCUCUCAGAAAUGUCGCAGUCUUGUACAAAAACUGUCGAGCUUUGAGAAUGACCCUAGAUACUCAGGCAUGUAUAAAGGAUUGAUAGAGAAUAUUCAGAGUCAUGUAGAUAUACUCAGUGCUAAGAUUGAUCAGCUGAAUGUACAGCAAGACCAAGAGGUUCCCGAGGAAGAGAACAGUCCAAGUAAAGAAAAGCCAAAGGCCUCAGAAGAUGGCAGUGGGGAUAAGCAAAGUGUACAGAGAAGGGCCGCAAUUGAAGACACUAUUGUCGGCAAAGGUGGACUUACAUUUCAGGACAUUGCAGGACUCAGCGAUGCAAAACAAGCACUGACAGAAGCAAUUAUUAUGCCAUUACAGUUUCCACAGUUGUUUACUGGAUGUAUAAAGCCUUGGAAGCGUAUAUUGCUGUAUGGGCCACCAGGUACAGGGAAGAGUCGCAUCGCUCAGGCUAUAUCCGCAGAGAUCAACUCUACAUUCUACUGUGUCUCUAGCUCAGAUCUUGUGUCCAGUUGGGUUGGCGAAAGUGAAAAAUUAAUUAAAGAGCUGUUUCAACACGCUACAAACCAAAGUGGUAGAUCUGUCAUAUUCAUAGAUGAAAUAGACAGCAUCUGUCGACAGCGGAGUUCUAGGGAAGAGGAGCAUACAAGGCGCAUGAAGACUGAGUUACUGAAACAGAUGGAAGGGGCAGAUAACUCCAGCAAUUCUGACAGAAUAUUUCUUCUCUGUGCGACAAAUUGUCCAUGGGAACUUGACUCUGCUUUUCUGCGUAGAUUCCAAAAACGCAUCUAUAUUCCCUUACCUGACAGGGAAGCUAGAAUAAGUUUGAUUAAGAUUCACACAAAAGAAAACAAACUGGAACUGACAGAUGCAGAAUGGAAUAAUCUAGCUGACAAGACAGAAGGGUAUUCUGGGAGUGAUAUUGCUAACAUGACACUCGGCGCACUAUUUGGACCGAUCCGAGACCUGCAGAAUGCUCAGCAUUGGGGCAAGACUGAAGAAGAGAAAUAUUUCCCAUGUAGUGCUGAUACACCUGGUGCUUUCCCGGCAAAAAUGUCCACUCUUCCGGCUGAUCAGAUCAAGCCAAGACAGACAGAACUAUCAGAUUUCUUGAAGUCCUUGCAGACACAUAAACAGACCGUCACUGAAUCUGAGCUGCAGAAAUUCCAAGACUUCACAAACAACUACGGGGAACAAGGGUAGAGACUCAGAUGCCAAAAGUAGUUCACAAAUGUCCUUUGUAGCUAUUUAAUUGAUCAGGAGUGUUUAUAAAAAAACAUCAGUUUAAGUAAGUCCACUGUCAAUACCCAAGUUUUUCUGAUGUGUCAACAGUUCCAGUUUUCUGGAAUCGUAAAUAUUUGUCAGAUUUGAAUAACAAAAUGUUGCCUGUUACCAUUUUUGAUUACAACUGUAAGGACAAUUACAAUGACAUAACUGUGUCCAAAAUUGCUAGUUUCAUUCAAACUGCUAUGUAUUUGUUUGUAGUUCCUUUUUGCUAGUUUUUAACAUUUCAUCAAGCUCUGUUAAAGUAGAGAUGUUUCGAAAUAUUGCAAGUUCUGCUUUAACCUUUAGCCUGCUGGCGGCAAGUGAUUCUGCCUUUGCGAUCAGAAGUGCAGGCUGAUCUUGGUCUGCACUGUUCGCUAUUCAGUCAGUAAAUUUUUAGCGAACACACCUUUGAAUCAUAAGUGGUACUGCCCAAAUUGGAUGAUGGACCAGUCCAUUUUAAAAAUUUAGUAGGGUAAAGGUUAAAGAAGAGUGGGAUCGCUUAAGGUUGUGUUCCUGAAAUGACAGUCAGCAACUUACAUAUUUUCCAUAUGCUAUUUCGGCAUUCCGUUUUCUUUUGUUUUUGCAAAAAGCAGUGUGCAUAUUGAGUUAUAUUUAUGUCCAAAGAAAGCCAAAUAGUCUUAAGAUUACAUAAACACAAGUUAAUUGCCGACUGUCAUUACUGAUACACUACCUUAAGACAGAAAAAUGGCUGGGUCAGUAAGUUAGUCAAGUUAGUUUAUAGUUAAGUUUGAAAGCUAGAGAAUAACUUGUUAAAGUACGGUAACUUUAUUUAUGUGUUAAAGACACUUGCUGCAGUUUCUUGUACGAGAUGGGGCAAAAAUUUCCCAAUAAUAGAAUUACAGUCACAGGUCACUGUGCUUGUUUAAAAGUUACCUGCCCUUAAAACUGGAUUUUGCUUCAAAUGUGCAUAUUCAAGGGCAGACAGCUCCUGAACAAGCAUGGUGACCUUCAAUUCUUUUUUUCAUAAUUCUGUUUCUAACAUGACACUGUGCUCAUAUACAAAGUGCGAACAAAUUCUAUUAUUGGGAAAUUUUUUACCCAAAACUGCAACAUACAUCCUGAAAUUGUUUAAUACUCUUGUUCUUAAUACUGUUACAAUAAAGUUGGAGUAAAUAAGAAAAUCAAAGA